UGGAUUUAUUCUCACAGUUUAGCACUUUCUUGAAAUGUAUAUUUUACACCUUUAUUGGUAAAGAGAAAACACAAGUGUCACUGUGUUCCUGCUGCACGAUGCAGCGGCAGGCUGGGUUGACUCUCCAUGGUCCUCAUGGUGUGUUUAAGUGCCUGUCGGGAUCGAAAGAUCUGACCAGUCUCAGUUUGACACAGUUUAAACGAUACAACAGCGCGAUGUCAGAAGUAGCUCCAGCUCCCGCAGCCCCUGCUCCGGCCGCUCCGGCUAAAGCAGCGAAGAAGAAAGCAGCCAAGCCGAGCAAGAAGUCCGGGCCCGCCGCUGGUGAGCUUAUCUUAAAGGCAGUGUCUGCUUCCAAGGAGCGGAGAGGUGUUUCCUACGUGGCUUUGAAGAAGUCGCUAGCUGCUCAUGGUUACGAUGUGGAACACAAAAGCAACCAUAUCCGGCGCGCCAUCAAGAGCCUGGUGGAGAAAGGUGCUCUGGUUCAGACCAAAGGAACCGGGGCUUCUGGGUCUUUCGUUCUUUCAAGGAGCAAGGCGGCUGAAAAACCUAAGAAGACAGUGAGGAAGCCUGCUAUUAAAGCUAAGAAGCCGGCAGCAAAGAAACCUGCAGCGGCAAAGAAACCGGCAGCUGCCAAGAAGCCCGCCUCCGCCAAAAAGCCCAAAGCAGCUAAGGCGACUCCCAAGAAGCUGAAGAAAUCCCCAGCAGCUAAGAAACCGACGCCUAAGAAGACAGCCAAGAGUCCGAAGAAGGUUGCUAAGAAGGCAGCUCCUCCGAAGAAGGCAGCGAAAGCGACUAAGCCUAAAGCUGCAAAAGCAAAGAAGGCUGCUGCCAAGAAACCAACCAAGAAAUAAAACUACUAAACUCAGUUUAACCCAAAAGGCUCUUUUAAGAGCCA